GUUUAUCAAUAUGGCGGUCUUGGUUACAUUAUUUUGACAAAGUUUUAAUAAUAUCCACAAAGAAUACUUUUAUACGUUAUUUAAACGACAGGUAAUAAUGUACAUUUUGUUCAAUUUGUUCUUUUAAGAUAUGUUUUUGUUCUUGAAUAUUACGUUCGACGUGAAAUAAUUUGUUAUUUCUUGCAUUCAGUGGUCUUUAUUUAUGAAAAUAUGUUGCAAUGUGAUAUAACAUUCUGGUGAUUUUGGCGGAAUUUGGUGGUAUCUGAGUUCUUUAUACAUGGAGGUUAGUUGGGUAUGUCGUCAUUUUGUAAUCUUUGUGUCGUUGAUUCAGAAGCAUUUCAACUGUUCCAAGUAAAUGACAAAAAUAUCUAUAGUUUUAUGACCAGGUUCCGCACUGAAGUUUGAACAAUUGAACCUAUUCCCAUGCAGCGCAGAAAUUUCACCUUAAAUUUCAAUGUGGGUAACAAGCACAACUUGCUGCAACAAAGGCAAGGCAAAAGCAGGCAAUUGAUCUGAUCAGGGUGCCACAAACAAUUAUAAGCAGGCCUCGAAUUUCCCUGAAAUCAAUCAACAGCAAUGGCAUUAAAAAUUGCUGUAGAACGUAACAGCUGUCUGCAGCCAUUUUGACAGUUUCCACGGCAUUUUUCAAAACAUGUCUACGUAUUUCUUUAGUGUUUUUUUUUCGAAGAAAUAGACUAAAAUAGUGAUUUACUCAUGAUUUGAUCAUCAUCUGAAUUCAAGUAUCAAAAUAGUAAUGCACAGUGAAUAGUAUAAAAAUUGCUCUAUACGGCAAAAAAUUGCUGUCAUUGCCACAAUGAUCCACAGCAUUUUGUUCUCCCUCUACGGCAAUUGCCGCGAUGAAAUUCGAGCCCUGGUUAUAAGGCGACACAGACCCCUUAACGAUGGCUGUGAUAUCAUGGGUGUCCCCCAAACAGAAGUCAACAUGCAUUCAUAAUACAUCUGCCGUUAACCUUGCUUAAAUCUAUUUAACCUCAUAUAAAUCUACUUAGUUUUCCCUUAUGAUUUGUACCAUAGGAUGACGAUGUUGGAUCAGAAUUUGGUUCUGUCAUUUCACUGGUAAGAUCUUGAGUAUAUUCUUCUUCUCAUUAAUGGGGAUGUAAAAUUUAUUAAAUUGAACUGAUUCAAAACAUUUUUUCAUUUAGCAAAGUUUGGAUGAUAGUUCUCAAUAUCAAGGUACGCUUCGUCUCAUGUCAAACAGUGUUUUGACAACAUACAUGUCACAUGUUAAACAAUUCGACGGAGUCAUUAAAGAUGGUGACUGAGCGCAAAUCAUGAACCUAAAACGGCAAUAAUUGUUAUCCUUGAUUUCAAGUGAAAACUGCUAUCACCAUUUUUACUGAUUUGCUUUUUUAUGUGACAGUGUAUGUUUUUAAAGAAACAUCACACUUUUCUUAAUUGUAAAUAUCCAAUGCUGACAUGAUCCAAACAGCCUUACCAUCAUAGAUAUCUUAUAUACACUAGAUAGCGCAUCUUUUUUAGUAAAAUUGAAGCCAAAAAUAUUCCAGCGGUUACCCCCAUUUGAAUAGAUGGCGGCCAUGUUGGUCGUUCCCACUUGCUAAUAAACGCUUAAAAACAACAAUAACUUUCAUCAUUUGAAUAGUUUAAAAACGUAUUUGGAAUAGGGUUAACUUAAUGGUUAAGUUCCCUGUUUAAGAAAUAGAAAACAUACGAGUCUUCUCAUUUCAUGGGAACGACCUGAGACUGCAAUCACGGCUUCAAUUUUUGAAUUGCAGAAUAAUUAGAUGCACUAUCUAGUGUAUAUAAGAUAUCUAUGCUUACCAUUCUUCUUCUUGGCUUUAACAUGCUAUUAAUGGUAUUUUAUUUUUGAAAAUAUUCUUUUUAACAGAAAAACCCAAACGGGUGAAGAAGUCCAAAGGCAGGGGUAUGUACUCACAUAUAAGUGCUUUAUUAUUUUGCCUUGAAAAAAAUUCUUAAAAUUGUGUUAAAAUUAAUGUCAAAGUUAUGUUUUCUCAAAUGUUUGAUUCAAUGAUAUUUAAUAAUAGAUCAUUCACCUUACUUAUCUCAGUCCUUGGGAGGGCAAAGUACAAAAUCUGGUCCUAGAAGAACCGGCCAUGAAGCUUGGUCCACAGCCAUUAGAAAUGGUUUCACAGGUACAGUACUGUCUGGGCGAUAAUACGUAUAAUUAUAUUAUUAACUGAGAGAGAGGUCCGAACCAGGCCUCUUAUAUAUAGGGCAGUGCAGGCAUGGGCAUACCGGGCUUGGGGCAGCUCUUUGGUUUGGGUAGCGCAGCCCCCCAGUUUGUUGGGCAGUUGGGUAUAUCCGCUCAACAGUCGGGCAAUUUUGCUUUAUUAUAAAAAUAAAUGGGACAAUUCUGUCAAUUUUGAGGUAAAUUUUGUGAUUUUUCGAAAAUUUGUGUGAUGUUCAGAAACAUUUUGGUAUGUCUGUAUAAAAAAAAAUUUUCGGUACUGGUCGGGCACAAUCCGGACAAGUCGGGCAAAUUUCUUUCCGCCCCCUAAUUUUUUCCUUCCGGUACGCCCAUGAGUGCAGGGCGGGCAGUGCAACGAGUGCACGCGCUGAUCGGAGUGUAAUGCGGAAGUAGUCUUGGGCGAGCAUGUUUUUUUGUGAAAAUGGAAAAAAAAGUAGAUUUUAAUAUGCCUAAUUCCUGUGGUCAUCUUUCUCAAUCUCUUUAGUGUCUCAAACAAUAUCACUCUGAGCACGGAUUUAAUUUGCAUUUUAAAUUAGCAAAAAUUCUGCUGCCAGAGAGAGGUUAUUAUCGAUAAUGCACGUUCUUUUGAUCACUUCGAUGUUGACAACAUUUCAAAUAUGGAUUAUAUCUUCUGUCGACUUACUGCCAACACCUACAAGUUCAGUCAUAUUGGAGCUCGUUAUCUCAAGUUUAUAUCGUAAAAGAAUAGUUAAAAUCAGAUUUGAUUCUCAGAAAAUAUCAUGGCUGAAAUUUGACCCUUUUUAAAGCCUCUUUUCAGGGCCUAAGCCAGAAAAAUCUUCUGACAAAAUAGCGAAGAUGUUGUAUUUCGACUAGCCCGUGAUUCUUCUGCAACUGUCUAAUGUGUGGCUUAAGUUUUUUUGACUGUUGAAACAGGAUUAAUGUUAUCAUCAUAUUGAUCCCCUUUGUAGCUCAAUUGCAUUCAGACUGCAGGUAUUAGUCGGAUUCUCCUCACGUACAGGUCGGUCCAUAUUCAAACGAGAAAAAAACCCCAAAAGAAAUAUCUUACUGUCCAAACCGAACAUGCUCAGUGACUCAGUCAAUAAGUCAUCAGUGGCGUAGCCAGCCCGACAAUUCAGUCCCGCUAUGCAAAUUCAAAAUUAUUAUCAUUAUUCAUUUCUUUAGAAAUUGAUUGUUUUCACAGUCAAUGAACACGAAAAUAUUUGCAUAGCGGGACUAAAUAGUCGGGCUGGCUACGCUACUGUAAGUCAUUUAUUAUAGGGCAAAAAAACAAGAGCAUUCUUCGAAAAAACAAUAUUUAUUAUGUUGUUUACAACACUAUUUGAACAUUUACAGUGUAAAAACGCAGGAUUUAAAAUUUCUUUCAAAAACCAUUAAUAAUUCAUGAGGAAAACACAAAGAAAAGUCAUUAAAUCAUAAGCGUGUCUAAUCUUUAUAUGUGAUAGACAUUUCCCUUGAUUUACAUAAACUUUAUAACUUUGAUUUUCUCGACUUACACAACGCAUUUUUUGAAAAUUAGUUAAAUUACUUCGCGCCAAUGAACUUACUAGAUCGAUCGUUUUUGAAGCAAUUUAAAACAUUCGCAGUGCGUGUUUUAUCAGACCUAAAGAUACUCUGCUUUGCCUCAGUAUAAAACACUGCUGCUCGUGUUUUAAAUAGUACGUAAACAAUUUUUGAUAAAAAUAAAACACAAGCAACAUAUUUUUAGAUAUUAGACUUGUCUAAUAGUAUCUUAAAAGUGGAAAACAGAGCAGUUUUUGUCAAAUUUCACUUUAGUUCGCUGUAAAAGGUGUUCGCCAAUGACAGCAAAUGUAAAACGUUUUUAUACAUGUAUACUAAACUAAGCUAAGGCCAAAAAAAAGGGUAAGGGCCCCAGUGUAAGGGCUUCCAAAUUACAAAAUAAAAAAUAAUAAUUUCGAACUUUUUUUAUAUAAAUAAUGAUAUGAUGAAAAAUUUUCUGAACCAAAAUUUUACAUAUAUUGAUCCAAAAAAAUGGUUUGUCCCAUGUUGUAACACGAAUUUGUCUGGAAAAAAAUUUUUGAACUAAAGUUUUACUGAUGUUUGAGCAGAAAAAUGUUUCGACCCUAUUUUUUAAUGUCUGGAAAUUUUUUUUUCACCUCCACCAUUUUUUCACAUCCACCUCGCCCCCCCCCCCUCCCAAAUUUUUUGGAAAAUAGGGGCCCCGAAACAAACAUUUGCCCCGGGCCCCCGAAUUUCUCUGAUAGGCCCUGGUUAUACAAGUAGCAAGUUACAUGUAAUUGUUACAUUUUUUGAGUAACUGUAACUACUAGUUACUUUUUUGGGAUGGUAACUUGUAACUAUUACUAGUUACAAAAAUUGAUAAAAAGUAAUAGUAGCUAACUAGUUACAUUCUGGCCUCGAGACAGCCGUUACUUUUGGCGAUGUCCAACUUACUAAAUCGCUGUUUUAUCCCAAAUUUCGACCACGCACAGUUGUGGUUCAAUUUUUUGCUCAAAAUUUUUUAAAGUAACUUUGUAAUUGUAAAAACGUAUAUGACUUUACAGCACUGGUUAUCAAGACUAUGCUAGACACCCACAUACAUUAAUUACAUUCUUAUAUAUAGGUCUCAGUUCAGAAAAUUCGCGAGCUAACUGGAUGGCUUCACCACAGAUUCAAAGGAAGUCUAAGGUAUAUAGUAGUCAAUACAAAACCAUUACUUAUUUAAAAUGUACAACAUUGUACAUAACAUAAUGUAUAUCUUAGGAAACACGAAUUAUUAAAUAAAGUAGGAAGCAAACUCCGAAUAUCAGUUCCAUCUUGAAACUUAAUAUUAAAGUAGAGGGCACAAUAUUCAACAGUGAUAUUUCGAAUUAUUGCAAAGUCAUCAUCAGACUAAUUUGCACAAGCUAACCUACUGUAGGUCUAUACAUACAGUAUAUGCACGCGUGUGGGUGCGGAAGUGUUAGUGUGAUUGAAGAGAUGGAAAGUAACAAGACGCUGUGUCGAGUCAAAUAGUGCGAGAUCUUUACUGACUUUGAGUCCAGAGUUUAGUUCUGGUUUGAGGGAUUUUAUGAAGGCUUGCUUCUAGUAGCCGAAAGACGGUUUUUGUUUAAUGCUGUAUUUGAGUAAAGAAUUUUGUGAUUGCCAAAUACAAGGUCGGUUAUGUGGCAGAAAGUGUUUUAUCAGUGAGUCCAGUUUUGUUUUUAGUCAUCAUGUGUUGUGAUUCUUGACAUUGUAAAAAGUGUUGAGCUACUGCGCUGGUGUCAUGUUGUGUGGCAUGUUCGUCGAGUCGUGUCUCUCAGUUUUACCAAUGUAGGACUUGCCACAACCAGGGCAAGUAAUUUGGUAGAUGGCGUUAAAGCGAGAUAGGGAAGGAAUCUUGUCUUUAUUAGAUGUGAAAAAUGAGAUCUUUUCUUGUCAUAGAUUAUUACAAAUUUGACAGGUGUUGUGAAAUAUCGAUGCAGUUUCCUCAUGCAUGAUUUUAUAAUCUCGCGCGAGCAAGUUUAUUUGGAUCUACCAUUCAUCCUGCGAUGUUAGCUACAGUAAGAGACUCGAACUGUUAGACCUCAUUCCGCUCUGCUAUUGGCACGAAUCCUCGAUCUGGUGUUUUACUUUAAAUGUAUAAAUGGGAUGAAAAACAUCAAUGGCAACGUUCUACUGUACCAUUAAUUCAGAGCCGAAGUGUAGGACUGCAACAUUCCAGAGAUCGUUUAUAUCCAGGUGUGUGAGAGUAGGGAAUGUUCUGCCAAAAGAGUUGACAACAAAGAACAUAAGCUUAGGUCGUUUCAAAAGCGAUCUCUAUGAAUAUUACAAAUCGGCUCUGAACAUUUACGACACAGAAAAUCCUAGAACAUGGAAUGUUUGUCUUGUAACAAGUCCAGUAAUUUGUCUUGUUCAAAUUCGUGUUGUUAUUAAUUCUAAUGUGUGUCCCUGUGUUCGUCUUGUUAAGCUUCAUUGUCGGCUAAUUUCCACUCAGCAAAAUUUUCCGCAGGAGCAGACGGCGUUGGAACUAACGACUUUAGCACUAUGUAACUUUCCGUUCCUAUCCUGUGGGGUUUUUUUUCUGGGUGCAAAUUGGCCUUUUUAUAUUACUAAAGAUCUAAUGAAGAAUGUGUCCCGUUCGUUUUGUAAGGGCUGCUGUAAUUGGCGUAAGCUGUAGCAUAUACCCUGCUAUGAUUGAUAGGUUGUACAUUCUUGUGUUUGUAUUUGUAUUUGUGCAGUUUAUGCGAAAUUGACAAGCAUGAUAAAUAAAUAAAUAAAUAAAUAAUGUUUUCACCUUGAGUGCCCAGAUAAGGUAGACGGAUCCAAAUUUUCUUUAAAUUGUCAUUAGUAAUUUGAGACUGAGCCGAAUUAGCAGUUGUUUCAGAAGUAGCAGUUCGUUUCAUUAGACUCAGACAUUGAGCCGAAUCAGUGGCGUAACGUUACAUCAAGGGGCCCCCGGUUCAAAAUUUUCGAAUGCCCCCCUAGUAGAAGUGCAAAAGGCACGAGUUGAUCGCCGUAUAUGCACGCGUUUCCUAGGAAGAACAGUUUAGAACUGAUAGAGCUAUCCAGUAUACCCGGAAAAAUGUUUGAAUCUAGACUCUCUGUAAUGCCAUUUCCCGGACUUUGGGGAGAGAUUUUACAGAAUUCUGAUGGUCAGAUAACGACAUUGUGUCAUACCAGAGGCCCUGGCCAAUGUUUUUGCUCUACAGCCUGAGCUAGGAGGGGGGGGGGGCAUUUGGCCCAUUGGGGUUGGGGGCCCCCUGGUUCGCCCGGUCCGAGCCCAUAGUAGUUACGCCACUGAGCCGAAUUAGCAGUUGUUUCAUUAUUAUAUUAUUUCCUAGGCUCGUCCCUCCAGUGCUACUGAUGGUCCAUUCUCUAGAG